AGUUCCAAGGGAUAUUCAAGAUCUGCCUCUGACUUUGCUUUUUAAGGGCAGAACAGAGGACUCUUCUGAUGGAAGUAUAGAGAUGUGAACUGUCUCGGAAAUACUUUUGUUGAAUGUCUAAAGAAUCUUCCGCAAUUAUCCAGUCAUGUCACAGAUGUUACACAUAGAGAUUCCCAAUUUUGGGAACACGGUACUAGGUUGCCUGAAUGAGCAAAGGCUUAUGGGACUUUACUGUGAUGUCUCCAUUGUUGUGAAAGGACAAGCCUUCAAGGCUCACCGUGCAGUGCUAGCAGCGAGCAGCUUGUACUUCCGAGAUUUGUUCAGUGGGAACAGCAAAAGCGCAUUUGAGUUACCAGCCACUGUUCCCCCUGCAUGUUUUCAGCAAAUACUUUCAUUUUGCUACACUGGAAAGUUAACCAUGGCUGCUAGCGAACAGCUCGUAGUGAUGUAUACAGCCGGAUUCCUUCAAAUCCAACACAUCGUAGAACGGGGUACGGACCUUAUGUUCAAAGUAAGCUCUCCACAUUGUGACUCUCAGACUACCAUGAUUGAAGAUGCCAGUUCGGAACCUCAAAGUCCUUGUAAUCAGACCCAGGCGGCUUCUGUGCCCUAUGUCAUGUCGCCUUCCAUGCCAAUACCUCUUUUAACACGUGUGAAAAACGAGGGUCUGGAGUUGCAGCCUAUAGCUGUGCCCAACUUACCCAGCAAAAGGUCAGCGGAGGCCAGAGACGGUUCAGGGGGCAACAUUUCAACAGCUGCUCAUACAAAGUUACCUCGUGUAUCAUACUAUGGUAUGUCUAGUUUGGCUGCUCUUUUCCCCAGCGUACAACAAGUGCAGUACUCUCAAGGAGAGCGCACAAGCCCUGGGGCAAGCAGUAUUCCUACCACAGACAGUCCCACCUCCUACCACAAUGAGGAGGAUGAUGAAGAUGAUGAGGCCUACGACACUAUGGUGGAGGACCAUUAUGGACAGAUGUAUAUCAAACCCAGUGGAGCAUACUCAGUUGGGCAAGAGAAGGUCGAACAGAUUCCUGGCUCCUUGGAGAAUCGAUCCUGUGUUCUGAUCCGACGUGAUCUGGUAGCUCUUCCAGCCAGCCUGAUAAGCCAGAUCGGGUACCGCUGUCACCCUAAACUUUACUCCGAGGGAGAUCCUGGUGAAAAACUGGAACUGGUUGCAGGUUCUGGUGUUUAUAUAACUCGUGGUCAGCUAAUGAACUGCCACCUCUGCGCUGGUGUGAAGCAUAAGGUUCUCCUGAGACGACUACUAGCGACCUUCUUUGAUAGAAACACUCUCGCUAACAGCUGUGGUACAGGAAUUCGAUCCUCAACAAGUGACCCAAGCCGGAAACCUCUGGAUAGCAGAGUUCUUAAUGCAGUUAAAUUGUAUUGCCAGAAUUUUGCCCCGAAUUUUAAGGAGAGCGAAAUGAAUGUCAUUGCAGCCGACAUGUGCACCAAUGCCCGUAGAGUGCGUAAACGUUGGCUUCCCAAAAUAAAGUCCAUGCUCCCUGAGGGAGUGGAGAUGUACCGCUCUGUAAUGGGCGCAACAACAGCUGGCAUCCCCUUGGAGUCUGAAUUUCAGCCAAGCCCUGCACAGGCAUUUGAGCAAAGAAUCUAUGCAGAGCGCAGAAACGAUUCUAGCGCUAUAGUAUCUUUGAGAACUAACACUGCAAAUAUUGACCUCACAAAUGCAUCCAAUGCUCCGUUUGAACAGAGCCAAGAAGCAGAAGGCGCAACGGGAUCCGUCAUCCAGGAGGUAGGUGGCACAGAUACCUUGGCAUCGGAAACCCAGAGCAGUCCAGCUCAACCCUUCGAACAAGAUAGCAGCACUACUAGCCGUCCAGAAACCCCAGUGAGAAGACAAGAUGCUACGUAUGGUGGGACUUUAUAAAUAGAAGAGCAGACAAAACACAAAUUGUGACUCAUAAGGGAUGUGUUAUACUAAAGCUGCUUGCAUGCAUAACUAAUACGAAACAAAUGUGAUCAGCCACUUACCUUCAGAACUGCUACUGUUGCCUGAAAACAAUGUGAUUUUUAUUCUGCUUGUAUUUAAAAAAAAAAAAAAACGAAACAAUUUAUGAAGGAAAUAAUCGCAUUCGUUAUACUGUAAAUGAAUAGGUCAGAAGUGGCCUACUUAGGAAAAUAAUGGGCUCCUUUUUAAUAUAACAGAAUUUACUCUAUAAAAUAACAGCUUUCAUUAAUUUUUUAUCUUAUGGACUAGUUACAUCAAAUGCUCAUUUACAAGCACGUCUAAAAUAAUCUGUCAGCAUUGUGUUCAUUAACAUAUUCAUGGGAAAAAAAUAUUUUGCGUUUGUUAAACGUUUGCAGGGCGCUAAAGGCGAUCAAGGGAUUUCCUAAGAAGUUUUCAUCUUUGGACAGACAGCAGGUUAGUGGUUUGGAUUUAAUGGUAUGACCGUCAUGUGACGCUAAUAUAUUUUUAUUGGACAAAGUCCAGUUGAAUCAGUUGUUGAAGCUUCUCCCAAGCUACUGAAUUAAAGUUAAGAUUAUUUUUAUAUGACUUCAGAGAUAAUAGUGGUUUAAAGUAUCUACAAUGGGUUUUGUAGCCAAGAAUAUAUCUAGAAAGUCUCUGUAGAGCUCUAUUACGGGAGAGCACAGUUCUCCAUGCUCUGAUAAGUCCUUCUUAGAACGUUGGCAACUUUUGUUUACUUUAUUUCAGAACUUUUAAGAUUUUUCUAAAGGUAUAAAUAUUGUGUCCACUACUGGAUCCCUUAAAAUGCACUUUUACCAAAUUUUAGUCCUUGAGGUAUUUCAACACGUGUGCCAAGCAUGGAUUUAAUGAUCCAAUCAAAGGUUAACUUUUGAAUAGUUCUUCCACAGCUCAAAUUCUUUUAUGUGGAUUCUGUACCUUUUUAUGAUAUGAUAAUAUAAAUAUCAUUAAUUUCUUCAAAGGGUCUAGAAUGUUUGUGUAAUAGAGCUCUGGACUUUAUAUAUUUCUAGGUUUCCACUUGUGUCUCAAAGUUGGGUUUUCUCUAGUGUAGAGCACAACCUGAGACAUGGAGGUUUAAAAUGUUCAGCUGGGCACAUAUAGAUUGUAGAAUUCAACUGGAAUCAACUCUGAGACACAAAUAUUUAUUUUUGACUUUAGUUGUAAAAACUACAUAAGUCAUGCAGAGUCAAGUUUCAGCUUUGGCCUACUAGAUUAUGGAAUGCCACCAGGGUUCUAUAGAUUCAAGUUCAAUUCUUAUACCGUACAGAUUGUACCAA